AUGUCGACGCCGUCGAGAAAGCGCCUGAUGCGGGACUUCAAGCGGCUGCAGCAUGACCCACCGGCCGGGAUCAGCGGCGCGCCGCACGACAACAACAUCAUGCUCUGGAACGCCGUCAUCUUCGGGCCGGAUGAUACGCCAUGGGACGGAGGCACGUUCAAGCUUACCUUGCAGUUUACAGAAGAUUACCCCAACAAGCCGCCAACUGUUCGUUUUGUCUCUAGGAUGUUUCACCCAAAUAAUGGGAGCAUCUGCUUGGAUAUUCUACAGAACCAGUGGAGCCCUAUAUAUGACGUUGCUGCCAUAUUGACUUCUAUUCAGUCCUUGCUGUGUGAUCCAAACCCCAACUCUCCAGCAAAUUCGGAAGCUGCCAGAAUGUUCAGCGAGAACAAGCGAGAGUACAACCGCAAAGUCCGCGAGAUCGUGGAGCAGAGCUGGACUGCUGACUAA